AUGACAGACUAUAAAUAUGGGACCUUAACCGUUUGUUCUCACCAACCCCACGACUCAGGAGAUCGACAAAUUCAAAGAGCUCUCAGCCCCUCUCUUCUCUGUCUCGGCAGGCUCUCUCAGCGACGAAGAAGACUUACCUCAAGAAAAGGGGCAUCCAGGCACAGAUCGACGAAGAAGGAGCUUCCUUUUGCUGUGAAGUGUUCUAGGUGCUGCAUUGCAUCAAAGGGGACUGAAUCAAGGGAUUUAAUUCUAUUGAAGGAUUAAAGCCAACUCUUGGUGGCUUUUUCUUUUUGCAUCAGAUGCUGGACUGGAGUUUGGAGGUGCUAAUCUGAAGCUGCAGUGACUAGAUCAGAUAGCAGGUGCUGUUUCUUGUUAUCUGCAUUGCUGUAUCAGAAGGAAUUGGAUUUAUAGUUCAGACUGGACAGUUGCUGAACUGUGUGGUUUUACUCCUCUCUGCACUGGACUGCAAUAUGUUCUGGAGCAUGUGAAGAUGCUAAGGUGUAGAUGUAGUGAUGAUCAGUCAGGGCAGGGGCUGAGAUGUGAUGCAGAGUUUAAAAACACCAGUUGUACAGG